AUGAGUUUGGGAAUUGUUUGCGUUGGUUGUACAUGUGGCCAGGUUUUGGCAUCGAUCGAUGAUUGGUGUGACGAGUUCAUUGCGGGCCUUCGUGACCACGGCUGGUGGGCUUCGUCUACGCCUGUCCUGCCCAAGCCGCUGCUCCGUGCCAUGCGCCAAGAGGUGGAGGACCUUUGGGACAAUGGCGACUUCAUACAGUCUCAAUCCGUACUGGGGGGCACCAUCUACUAUGACAAGAAGCACGUGUUUGCCACAGAGAUCAAGAGCGAAAAGUACACGACUUCUCCACGCAUGUGGCACUACACCGUCACCAUGACGAGGGAGUUGGUCAGACGUGUGAAUGCUGCUUUUCCGGAGAUGGAACUCUGUGACAAGUUCAUUGGCAACAAGCUGAACAUGAGCGUCGGCAAGGGUGCGGCCUUCGAUGCUCACUUGGACGUGGGUGUAGCCGAGAAGCCCUACAAUCGAAAACUGUCGAUGCUCCUGUACCUCAACGACUCUUGGAGGUCCGCCCUCGGAGGGGAGAUUGUCCUUCUUGGGGAGGGACAAACAGAGGCGGAGGCGGCCAAGUCGAAUCCAGAAGCCCUUGGUCUACCGGUCACGCUGCCCCCAAAGAGUGGGACGCUCGUUGCUUUCUGGUCGGACAAGAUCCUGCAUAAAGUCAAGGCAUCUGAGGUCCUGAAAGGCAAGAAAGAUUACCGCGUAUCCUAUGUGAUUUGGUUACUUGGGCAAGGCGACCCGAAUGAUGCGCCAAACAGUGCCAAAGCGCAAGAUACGAACAAAGCAGAGACGGCGCCGUCUUGGGCCUUCUGA